AUGGGCCAGCCGUGCUGGACUUUCCGGAGUACUGACCACGAGCCUCAGAGCUGCCCAACGGCCUUCAGCCUCGGAGGUGCUGGCAGCGCUCUGGACAGCCAUGUUCCUUCUGUUUGCACUGCUCUCUAUGUUUGGAGGGCUGCGUGCCCACCUGGCCCAUUUUUAUCCCAGGACUUUUUGAUUUAUACAUAUAAUGAAACUGGAUUUUUGCAUUUAGAGUCUUCAUAUUUUAAGAUACAUUGCCAUUACCAAGGAUAUUUUGCAGAUAUUCCAAAUUCCCUUGCAACACUCAGCAUUUGUUCUGGACUCAGGGGAUUCCUUCAGUUUGAAAACAUCAGCUAUGGAAUUGAGCCAUUGGAAUCUUCAGCACAAUUUCAGCACAUAAUUUAUCAAGUGAAAAAUGAGAAUCCAACUAUACCACUGUUAGCAGAAAAUUAUAACAAUAUUUGGCAGAAAGAACAACCCUAUAAAGAUAAUUUAAGCUUACAGGAAACAAUACUUUCAAAAAUAUUACCCCAAUACCUAGAAAUGCACAUUAUAGUGGAAAAAGCUUUGUAUGAUUAUAUGGGAUCAGAAGUGAUGGCUGUAACACAGAAAAUUAUCCAAAUUAUUGGUCUUGUCAACACUAUGUUUACCCAGUUCAAACUGACUGUGAUGCUGUCCUCCUUGGAAUUGUGGUCAGAUAAAAACAAAAUUUCUACCAACGGGGAUGCUGGUGAUAUAUUACAAAGACUUCUCAUAUGGAAACAGGACUAUCUUAUCCCACGGCCCCAUGACAUAACAUUCUUACUUAUUUACAGGAAACGUCCUGCAUAUUUGGGAGCAACAUUUCCUGGCACAAUAUGCAAUAAAAGCUAUGAUGCAGAUAUUGCUAUGUAUCCAGAUGCAAUAACUUUGGAGGGAUUUUCCGUUAUUAUAGCUCAACUACUUGGGCUUAAAAUGGGAUUAACAUAUGAUGAUAUUAAUAACUGUUCUUGUCCAAGAGCUACAUGCAUAAUGAAUCCUAAAGCAGUGGGUUCCAGUGGUAUAAAGAUUUUUAGCAACUGUAGCAUGUAUGACUAUAGAUAUUUUGUUUCAAAAUUUGAGGCUAAAUGUCUUCAGAACUUUUCAAAUUUGCAACCAUUAUAUCAAAAUCAAUCAGUAUGUGGUAAUGGGAUGUUGGAACCUAAUGAAGAAUGUGACUGUGGCAGCCAAGAGGAAUGUCAGUUUAAGAAGUGCUGUGAUUUUAAUACAUGUAAACUGAAAGGCUCAGCAAGAUGUGGUUCUGGACCAUGCUGUACAUCAAACUGUGAGAUAGCAGUAGCAGGCAUUCCAUGUAGAAAGAGCGUUGAUCAAGAAUGUGAUUUUACAGAAUAUUGCAAUGGAACAUCCAGUAAUUGCGUCCCUGACACUUAUGCAUCAGAUGGCAUGUUGUGCAGUUUGGGAACUGCAUAUUGUUAUAAAGGACGAUGCCAAACUACUGAUAACCAAUGUGCCCAGGUACUUGGAGAAGGUGCUCAAGGUGCUCCAUUGGCCUGUUUCAAAGAAAUUAAUUCCCACAUUGACAAAUCUGGAAACUGUGGUUUUAAAAAUUCACAACCAUUACCUUGUGAUCAGAAGGAUGUUCUCUGUGGAAAAUUAGCUUGUGUUUGGCCACUUAAGAAUUACAAAAAUGAUGUUCAAUCUGCAGUUUAUUCAUAUAUUCAAGGGCAUGAAUGCAUAUCUAUAGCUAAUGGGUCAUCAGUGAGAUCAGAUGGAAGAGAUUAUGCCUAUGUAGCUGAUGGAACUGUUUGUGGUACACAAAUGUACUGUAUAAAUAAAACCUGCAAAGAAGUUCAUUUGGCAGGAAACAAAUGUAAUGCUGUUACAAAAUGCAGAGGAAAUGGAAUAUGUAAUAAUUUGGGUAAUUGUCAUUGCUUUCCUGGCUAUAGGCCUCCACAUUGUGAAUUCCAGAUUGGCUCACCAGGGGGAAGUAUUGAUGAUGGAAAUGUCCAGAAAUCUGGUGAUUUCUUUCAUCAAAAAGACUCCAGUGCACAGCAGAACAACUGGCUUAUUCUGAGUUUCUACAUUGUUCUGCCCUUUAUCAUAAUAUUCGCCAUUAUGAUCAUGAAACGAAAUGAAAUGAGAAAAUCAUGCAACAGGGAGAAUGCAGCAUAUGAAGGGUUUGGAGAAUACAGUAGUAGUUGCCAAGAGUUAGGGAUAAUGAGAAGAGUGGUAAUUCAGUCAUUGUGCCAGAAAACUACAACGUGGACCAUUAAAAUUGCCAAACAUUUCACCAGCAAAUGGCCCGUUAUUAAAGGAGAAAACGCAUUUUAUGACCCUUACGUCAUCCCUGAACACAUUUCCAAUGUCCGCAGUUUGAAAAAUAAAGCCCAAGCCCACGAGGGCAGAGGACAAGCUGGCAUAUGCCUUCCUGUGUGCAAGGGGCGGUGGGUGGGCUUCUCCGGACUACGACUGUGCACAUGCGACUCGACAGAGGGGCGGGAUGGGCGGAGCAGCCGUGCCCCCUAUGUGCGCCCCCCCCCUCCUCCGCCUCCCCACAGACCUGUGCACUCCUCUGCCCCACCCACCGGAGUUUGCAGGGCCCCACUGGGAGUGGCCUCCAUUAAGCAGCCAACAGCCGCUACCGUGCUAAGACCAGCAGGCUGCGCAGUGCUGUCUUUCCUGGUGAUCCUCUAUCCUCUCAUGCCUGGGCAGGCUGACCUCCGUGGGCCAUCUUAA